CCAUGUUUCUGUUGGUUGUCAAAAGGCUUGGUGUUAUGAUGGACUGGAGAAACCCCUAGAUUCACUUAUAGACUGUUGUCACAUGUUCAGUGAGUUUAGGGUUGUUUUCUCUUGGAUGAAUGCAUUUCCUUUCUCUCCUUCCUCCUCUCCUCUGUCCUUUGCCUGGAGUGGUGGGGGGCAGUGCAGUUCUAGUGGACGUCCAGAACAAGAAAACAUCAAGAACUGUACAGGCUCACCUCUUAACUCAACUCAAGGCCAUGGGAGUAACUUAUGGAAAGAAAGACAUAAGAAGGAAUAAAGUUGACUGUCCCCCAGCCUCAGCCCAUGCUGGCCUGCUGUCCAACCAUGAUGGAGAGCACGGUCAGGGUCAAGGUUCAGAAGACCUGGAGGAGCACAGAAAGUCAGGUGGAUCAACACCCGAGCUAGAGGGUCAGAACGGGAAUGGCAGUGAUCUGAUCAUCCAGCCCAAGAAGCUCCUAAACCCUGUCAGGAUUUCCAGAAGUCACCGGGAGCUCCACAAGGAACUAAAGAUGACACACAAAAGAAAUCCAUGCAUGGAAGGGAAGCCAGAGCUCCAGCGUGUUCUGGAACAGAGGAACUGGAAACAAGGGAUGGAGCAAAGGAGAGAGGCUGAGGAGGACAAGAGCAAGUCUCUCCAACAGGAACUCAUGAAGAGGUGUCAGAGGUCGGAGGAGGUCGGUUGGUCUGCCCCUCAUGGCAACGUCAUGCUGGAGAGAGACCGAAGGGUUCGACAGGAGGCUCUGCAGAAUUACCCAGAGUUCAUCAGGGUCAAGGAGAGCCUGAGACGUACGGCCGUGCUGGACGUGGCCAAUGAGGCGGUUUAAAAGGACCGACCCGACGAUGGGAAAUGUAUGGUCAGAGUGGCGUCAUGGUGUUGCUGGGGCAUGUACGCACAAGGUCUGGACAGGAGGGUUUACUACGUAAAUGUUUAGUGACGAAGGUGAAGAGAUCAUAUGGAGGACGACAGUGCCCGCCUGUGUGCCAUUAAGCUACGGUAUUUGAAAUGCUUUGUGUGGUAGGCUUGACAACGUUCUGCUGCAGGGAGGUAGAGAGGAAUGCGUGGUGCUGAUUGGUAUGCGAGAAUGUCCACACCCAAAGGAGCCGAUUCCAACCUUAGGUUAAAGAUGUGUAAAUUAGAUAAUGGAAUAUUAAAUAUUACAGAGCUAGUAACAUUGCUGUGUUGAAAGACCAUGUGUUAAUAAUCUUACCUUAACACUAGAAUUAUUUCACAAUACUGACAACUGAUCAUUUUGUAAAAAUAUAUUUUCACAUGGUUGCACAUGUUGAUUCUUACUGAUGUAUAGUAACGCACUAAAUCAAGAAAUGUAAUGUAUUACAGAAAUCUAAUAUAUCACAGACAGCCUACAGUUAGCAAAAAGGAUCAUAACUGAAUGAUCGUUAUUGAAUGAUGGAGUAGUCUCUUAAUUCUUUCCAGAGCUGUAUAUGCAGUUUUCACUUUACUUUCAUUACAGAGCAGGUCCAGGCUGUGUAGCCUACAUAUAACACAUUCUAAUUAGGUCAUAAUGCCUUUUAGUCUCCACUUAUUUGCAACAAAUGCAAUCACACUGGGAGCUUUGUAUUUCCAGUCAACUUUGCUGGUCACUAUGAAAGACUGUAUGGACACAGGAUGGAUACAACGUUUAGUAUAGAGUGCAAAAAAGGAAAGCUAAAAGUGCAACCCUGUUUCCAAAGACAUUGGGACGCUGUGUAAAAAUUGUAAGAAAAACAGAAUGCAAUGAUGUGCAAAUCAUUUGAACCCCAAAAAAAUUGUACAAAUAGCAAAUCUUGAAACUGAGAAAUGUUAUUGUUGGUGGAAAAAUAUAUGCCCAUUUUGAAUCAGAAGAUGGGGAGGGGUUUACCACUGUGAAAGACUGCGCAGGCAAA